AUGUAUUUGAUCAUUAUUAUUAUUAUAAUAAAUUUAAUAAUAUUUAAUGAACCUAUUCAAAACUUUAAUAAUAAGAAAGCUGAAAAUAUUCAAAUAGCUUCUUUAUAUACACUACAUACUGGUGAUAGGGGUAUCAUUUGUGAUACAUUAGUUCCUGAAAAUGUUAUUCUUCUUUUAGUUCAUGAUUAUGCUACUCAAUAUGUUAAUAGAAAAUAUUUAAAUGGUAUUGGGUUAACAGUAACAAGUAAUUAUGCUGAUACAUGUGAUGAUACAUCAAUUACAAUACAAAAAACUGUUGAACUUGUUGGUGGAUCACAAUAUUGUCAGGAUGUUCAACCUAUAAGUAAACCACUAGUUUCAAAUGAUAAAAAUUAUACUAUAGCAAGUAUUGGAUGUUUUAGUUCAGAAAUUGGAGCAACUAUUGUUUAUCUUUUUCAAGCAUUUUGUAUACCAGUUAUUAGUGCUAUCUCAAAUAGUGUUUUAUUAGACGAUUCUAAAACAUAUCCAUAUUUUUUAAGAGCAGGAUCAAGUAAUUUUUAUAAAACGCAAACAAUUAUACAUCUUAUUCAAUCGCAAAUGUGGUUUCAUAUUAUUGUUAUUAAUGAUUCUACAAUGUUAGGAACAUCUAUGACUAAAUCAUUAAAUAAUAUACUUUCUCCAUGUAUUAUGAUGGAUACGAAAGAUAAUCUUUUUAGAUUUCCUUGUGUUGAAAGAUAUCUUGAGAUACCAUUUGAGAUUUCUGAAACAUCUAACUCUGCUACAAAUAGUGCUUUAUUAGAUUUAAAAACACUUUUACAAUCAACUUCUGCUCGUGUUAUUGUAUUAUUAAUGAAAAGUCAAAAUGUAAAUUUUUUAUUAAAUCAAAAUUUUUGGAAUAAAACAAAAUUUCAAUAUCAAUUUAUAAUAAUUGAUAGAGAUGAAUUAGAAAUUAAUCCAUUACUUAAUUAUGCUAUAUUAAUUGAAGAACAUGUAGAACCAUUUAAACCAUUAGAUGAUAUAGUUAAUUCAAUAGUUUUAAAAGAAACUACAAAUAUUUAUGUUCAAGAAUUAAUAGAAAUGCAACAUUUAUGUUGUUGGCAUAUGGAUAAAUGUCCCUAUUCUGUUGAAUGUACUGGUAAUGAAAAAAUUAAAAAUAUUAAUAAAGGAGGAAGAAGACAAGCAGGAUUAGUUUUUGAUGCUGUAAAUAUACUUGCUGUUGCAUUAAAAAAUUUUCAUAAAGCAUAUUGUAAUGAAGAAUGGGGUUUAUGUGAUAAUUUAAUAAAAAAUGCUUAUGGAAAUAUUUUAAUGAACUUUAUUCUUAAUUCAUCAUUUAUUGAUUAUGAUAAUGAAACUUUUCAAUUAUAUAAUAGAAGUGCUUAUCCACAAUAUGAUAUUUAUCAAUAUAUUAAUGGAUCUUUUAUUAUUCUUAUCAAUAAAUAUGAAACUCUUAAAGGUCCACAAAAAAAUUCAUCAAAUAGAGAUAUGUUACAAUCAAAAUUAAGAAAUGAUACUAAAAUGGAAAAUGAUAAUUGUCAAAUAGAUUGUUCAUUGAGUCAUUCCAUUCCAAUGACAACUGAUACAUGUUGUUGGACUUGUAAAGAAUGUCUUGGUCCAGAUAAAUAUAUUGAUUCUUCAAUAUCUUGUAGAACAUGUCCAACAGAUAAAAUUCCUGCUCCAAAUAAAACUGCUUGUAUACCAGAACCUAUACCUCCAAUUUUUAUAAAACCAAAUGCUGGAAAAAUUAUAUGUUUUAUUAUUGGAUCAUUUGGUGUUUUAAUAUCUAUAUUAAGUCUUGUUUUUCUUUAUACAAAAAAAGGUACACCAAUGUAUAAAGCAUCAACACCAGAUUUAUUGUAUAUUCAAUUAAUAGUAUGUAUUGGAUUAAAUAUAUGUUCAGGAAUAAUGAUGCCAACAUCAAAUAUUUAUAUUUGUAUUAUUGGAUGGGCUGGUUGUACUUUAUUUAUUACAACAAUUCAUUCUAUUUAUUUUGUCAAAGCUGUCAGAAUUAGUAGACCAAAAUUUAUAGAAAAGUUUCAGUUUAUAAAUACAAAUCUUAAAACAUCUUCUCAUAUUUUUGUAGCAUUUUGUGUUGCAAUACAAUUAAUAAUGUUUCUUUUUUGGCUUUUAUUAAGAACACCAACUAUUAAAAAAGACAAUAUAAGAUUAAGAUAUUGUUCUUCAAAUUCAGAUUAUCAAACUUUAUUACUAUUUACAAGUUGUUUUAUAUUAAUAUGUUUAACACUUCAACCACUUAGAUUAGCUCUUAAAAAUCGUUAUAUUUUUCAAGUACGACAAGCAGGUUUUUGUUUUUUAGGUAUUUUAUGUUUUGCUGCUUCAUAUCCUGUAUUAUUUAUACUUUUAUAUACUCAAGAUCUUAAUGAACAGGCUAAUUCAAUUGUUGGAAUGUUAAUUGGACUUAUUCCUGCAAAUAUAACAUUUUUUACAUUUGUUUUACCACCAUUAUGGCAAAUGAUAUUCAAAAAAAGUCAAAAUUUACAUGAAUAUAUAAGUAGAGAGCGAUCACGUCAAUUUCAAGUUGGAAAUAUUAUGUAUUAUGUUGAUGCUGUUGUUCUUCAAAAUGGUACAUAA